AUGAGAGGGCGCGCACAGGCUAGGACGCCACAGCGCACGCGCCGCCAACUGGGCUCGCUCCGGCGCGCCCCCGGCCGUUUCCGGCUGCGCUGGCGCGUUAGUGAGCGAGGCCCAGCGUUGCAGGGUGCUUUAAACCAGUCCCUGGGACCACCCAGAACACCGAUGGACCCAGGUGUCGGGAUGGAGGCCUAGCUGGAAGGAGGAGGACACUCCUGGAAGGAGCCGACACAGGAGGCCAGCAUGGAGAGGAGAUCUGCGGAGAGCAGGCAGGGCCGCCCGCACAGAGAAGCACCCCGCGUGGUCGGGCUGCUGCUCACCAUGGCCCUCACAAACGCUCUCCUUUACCUCUGCCUGGACCAGUUUUUCAGUUCCCCUCCACGCUCCACCGAGGCCCCCAGGCCCUGUCCCCAUGGCUUCUUCAAGAUGGGACAGAUGAGGAACUGCUCACCCUGGCUGUCCUGCCAGGAGCUGAGAACACAAGUGAGGCAGCUAAAGCGCGUUGGGGAAGGAGCUGUGAAGAGAGUGUUUCUGUCAGAAUGGCAAGAACGCAAAGUCGCUCUCUCACAGCUCACCAGUCCAGAAAUGAAAGACGAUUUUCUCCAUGGGCUGCAGAUGCUGAAAUCUUUGCAGAGCAAACACACUGUCACAUUGCUUGGCUAUUGUGAGGAGGACAACACGAUUCUUACUGAGUAUCACCCCUUAGGUUCCUUGAACAACCUGGAAAAAACACUAAACCUCUCCAAGUACCGAACUAUGAACACAUGGCAGCAGAGGCUGCAGCUGGCCAUGGAUUAUGUAGGCAUCAUUGACUACCUGCAUCGCAGCCCCCUGGGCACGCUCGUUAUGUGUGACUCCAGUGACUUGCCCAAGACGCUGUCACAGUAUCUUCUGACGAGUAACCUUGGCAUUGUGGCAAAUGACUUGGAUGCCCUGCCCCUGGUGGACCACAGCUCCGGGAUGUUGGUGAAGUGUGGCCGCAGGGAGCUGCGUGGGGAGUUUGUCGCUCCAGAGCAGCUGUGGCCCUCUGGAGAGCACAUGCCUUUCCGUGAUGACCUCAUGCCCCCCUACGAUGAGAAGGUAGAUAUUUGGAAAAUCCCGGAUGUCUCCAGUUUCCUUUUGGGGCACACAGAAGGGAGUGAUAUGGUUCGAUUCCAUUUAUUUGAUAUCCAUAAGGCCUGUAAGAGCCAGAUUCCUGCAGAAAGACCCACUGCCCAGGAUGUUCUGGACACUUACCAGAAGGUUUUAAAAUCUCUUGGAGACGUUGUGCCGUCCCAGACAAGAGAGAUGCUGUAAAGACCAGCGCAGCUCUUGAGGGACGUGCUGAAGGCCCAGUGAUGUCCCAGCAGCCUUGCUGUGGUGGGGGAGGUUUUGGCUUGGCCUUGCUUUCGCUCUCAGCCAUGCGCUUUGUACUCUGUAUCCACCUGCACACCUGAGUGCAGCCUGGAGAGUUCCAAAGCCAGAGCAGACCUCGAUAUAAUCUCACCUUUCCUUGCAGAAGUCAUUUACUUCCAGGUGAAGACGCAGACAAGCAAAAAACCUACCCAGUAUUUGAAGGAAGUGAUAAAAAUGCAGCUGUAAAGAGACUUCAUCUACCUUAAUAAUUGAAUUCUAAUGUGAGAAAUAUGUAAGACAAGUUGUGUUGCUUGUUUUUAAUUUUCAUUUUAUCAGGAUAUGUUUGUAGUACAUAAUUACUACCCUUGUCAUGAGGGGUGGUAUGUGAUACAGCACAUCUUUUUAUGUCUCCUUCCUCUAUCAUCCUCUCUGCCAGCUCUUGAUUCUCUUCCCACUUACAAAAGAUCUAUCUCCUCGUUUUCCGGUAGCUUUUAUUUUUUUUCUUUAUUUGUACUUCGGAUGUUUUAUAAAAGAGAAACCAUA